ACAAAAUGCAAUGGAGUGAUUUGUAAACAGUGACAAAGUUUAAUGUGUUUACCAUGUUUAGUUAUCAACCAUUCAACAUUUAUCAUUUAUUUAUCCAAAGCUAAAUAACUGAUUAGAAAUUACAUCCAUGGUGACUUGUCUAAGUGAAGUGUUUAUUUGGUCACUAAAGAAUCAGUACUACAUUCCAGAUAAUGUAAUUGGCUGUCAUGCCUACCAUGAUAAAGGAGAACAAGUUAAUAUCCAAGAACAAAUAUAUUAUGAAGAAAAACAGCAGUUUACUGAAGCCAGAGACCUGGUAUGGUCACCAAGAAAUAAACGUCCUGAGAGAUUGCGAGAUAACUUAAGAGAAGUUGAGGAGUUAAUGAGUCAGUUCAAAUGUGUUCAAGUACGUUGGAAAAAUGGACUGGUUUUGCAGCUGGUGUUAAGUAACUGCUGUGUGGUGACAUUCUUUAUGUCUUCCUAUUCCGGAGAUGUCCACAAAAUCAUCCUUGACAAAUCCUUGGUGGGAAAAAUCACAUCUGAAACCGUUUCUGAUGCCUACCUGACAGACCAGUACCUGAUAGCCUGUCAUCAUGACGGCUGUAGGCUGGAUUAUAUAUACUUCUCCAAGAGACCGUCACUCAGUGAGGCAGCCAAGAGGAUUGACAAACUGGCUUCCUGGGAACCAAAGAUAGUUCAACAUGACAUUCCAGGACCAAAAGGUCGACGGCUGGAAAGGCGGUUUUCAAGUAACAUACAUCACGAUUUACUGUUGGUUUGGUGGUAUCAGUCAUGUGAAGAGCCCUGGCCUUGGACACCCAUGUCCUCCGAGAAGGAAAGAGCAAACAUGAUUGUUCUGUCAGUUAAUGGUCCAAGGAUAGAGGUCCUGACCUAUACAAAAACAGAGUUAGCUCCACUCCAUGCUGCUUUCAGUGCCAUUCAGCCUCAUAAAAUUUACUCACUUGAGCAAACUACAACAUCCAAAAGUGACACUAUAGCACAGGCCUGUAUUUAUGAAGUCGUUCAAGGAAAGAUUCAGAGAGUGGCUGUAACGAACAUCCCUCUAAAAAGUACCGUUGUUUGUCAGUGUCGGAAUCCACAAGAAGACAAACUACUGCUUGCAUGCAGUGAUUCGGCUUUGGUGAUGCAUGAUGAACACAAAAAGAUUCCUUUGUAUACGAGAGCAGCCUUUUCUCCAUCUUUAAUAUCAUGGCAUCCUGGUGGGAGUGUGGUUUUUGUUGCCAGCUCUAGAGGCGACAUUCAGGUAUUUGACAUGGCACUGUCACCACUGAGAAUACAGCUCGUUUCUGAAGAUCCUAGCUCUGAAAAAUAUUUACGUCUUGGUAGAUUUUUCAGAUGUCAACAGUUUCUGAAGCAGCUGCACUGGUGUCCAUAUGGGUCGGACAGUACAACUGGUUAUUCUGAUUCUCUCUUCCUGUUGUAUGACAAAGGACCUCCAGUGCUUCUCUUAUUCCACCUAGGCAUGAUGGGAAGUGAGCGGUUGUCUCCCUUGCAACUGGUUAGAGAAUACAUCAAGUACAAACAAAUUGAUGAAGCUGUCAGCUUACUGUCCAGUCUGAACUGGGACACAGAGGGUCAGAUGUGUUACUCUUGUCUGUCAGCCAUUGUCAACCACUUGUUGAGACUGCCACUGAAUGCUGACCGAGAAGCACAACUGGAAGCUACACUUGGGACCUUUUAUGCACCAAAACCUCCGAUAUCAGAAGUGAUCAUUCUCGAGUACCGAGAUCCUAUCAGUCGUCUUGCCAGGAGAUUCUUCCAUUAUCUUCUCAGGUAUACUCGUUUUGACAAAGCUUUCUUGUUGGCUGUGGACAUUGGUGCAAGAGAUUUGUUUAUGGAUAUUCACUACAUGGCAUUGGACAAGGGAGAAACGGCUCUUGCUGAAGUAGCAAAGCGAAAAGCAGAACAACUUGAUUACGAGUCCUUAGAUCAGUUUGAUGAUGAUCCUCUACUGAAUGCUGGAAUGGAAGGACACGGUCAGGCAGGGAUACAGGAGCGACUCAUUGAUCAGCUUCCAGCAUCCCGUCAACACCCAUGGCAGUCAGACUACUACAACCAGCAGUCUUUACCAAACCAUAACAUCGACUAUCUACAUGAAACCAAUGGAGACCAUUUGAAUGAUGUUGAUUUUGAUGACUAUGCUGCAGCCUUGAUGGAUCAACCCACAAGACAGAGCAAUGGAAAUCAUCAAACUCAAGGUGAAACAGAAGAAGGGAAACCAGUAAAGGUUAUCCAUUUUGGCAUAGUUUGACAGACAUGGGAAGACAAUGAACUAUAUUCAUUGCUAUGAAGAACUAUGGGUAGCUGCCACAGUAAAAUAUUGGCUGUAUUUGCAGACAAAAUGUUAUCAAGCCCACCUCAUAUCAAUGACUACUGGGUUAAUGUGUUCUUAUUCAGAAAAAAAAUGCAACCAGUGACUAGGUAAAGAGUGGUUAUGAACAUUGAUGUAUAACUCAGGUGUGCAAAGUCAGAUGAUGUAGCAUGGUUAUGUCUGCCACAUAAAUUUAAGUUCAAGAGGUGCAUGAACCUCUUUUGGAUAUAGGCAUGUUAAUAAAAUUGAAAGAAUGAAAGAAAGUUCCAAACAGUGACUGAUAGGUGAGAUGACCCCAGGAUGGUCAUUCAGAUUGAUGGACUGGAAUUUUUUAAUGAGUUUUUGAGAAUAAAAGCUCUGUAACUCAGGUCACAAGACGGCUCCUUUGCAGUCAUUCAGAUUGAUGGACUGGAAUUUUUUUUACAGAGUUUUUGAGAAUAAAGCUCUGUAACUCAGGUCACAAGACGGCUCCUUUGCAGUUUUACAUAUGCUCAAGUUGAGCAAGUGUAUAAUUAUAUUAUGUCAGCAAUUUACAUCUACAAAUAUAUAGAAUGUCCAAUAUAUUUAUAUAAAUUGUAUUAUGAUA